CAUCCGGCGCUAUUCUGCAAGUGUCGCCGUCCUAUAGCUAGCUAAGCUUUGCUCAUGCAAGACCUCGCGGCUUCGCCCAUGCCGUUCCCGCACAGCGCGCCGCUCUACAUGCUAUACGGCGCCUCUAACUUUCCAGACCAUCAUGGAGAUCCCCACCAAGACGAGGACGGUGGCGGCUUCGAGUUCGCCGCGCUGGCCAAGAACUUCGACGACAACGACUGCGCCGCGCCGCGCGCGUGCGCCAGCGACGUGUCGGCCGCGUUUGCCGACGAGAUGUUCCGUGGCGGCGUGCUCAUCCCUCUGAAGCUGCCCCCGCGCCUGCAGCGUCCCGCCGCGUCGUCGGCCGCCACGUCGCCGACCACGCAGCUGGGCAGGGUGCCGUCGUGGAGCCCGUUCGCGAGCAGGCGGACGCAGAAGGGCCUGGACCCGUUCGCCGCCGCGCUGGAGAACGUUCGCCGGGAUGGUGCCGCACCCGCGCCCAGGCGAGCAAGGUCACUCUCGCCGCUGCGAGGAGCCGCGGCGCGGUUGAGCGGCUCGCGUCCUGCGGGCUCCAUGGCAGCCGGGCAGAAGACGAGCGCGAGACCAACGUGGAGGAGGAGAGGCGCGAUGCAGUUUCUGUGUUGGGCCGUCAUGGCGAGUGCGUCGGCACCGAGAGCCCUUCGGCGACGACACCGGAAGCACGGCGGCAGCCCAGGUUUCCUGGUUUGCUUUGGGGUGUAAGAGCAUCUCCAGUCGCGUCCCCCAAACCGUCCCCCAAAGGGAUUUGGGGCGCGCCGGACAGAAAAAGCGUUCCAGCCGCGUCCCCCAAAGCCCUUUUUUGUCCGGCGCGCCCCUAUACGGUGUCCAGCGCCCCGAGCCCGUCCCCGUCCCACAGGGGACGCUCCGGGGACGCCGGACACAACGAAAAGCGAGGCGGGCUCCCACAUGUCGGCGACUAUUUGCAUAAACCGUUGGUUCGCGUCUCUUUUCUCGUCGCUCCUUCCUUCCCGCGCCUCCCACCCCACCGCCGCCGCUGGAUUUCCCGGCCGUUUGGGCGUCUGAUCUGUGCUGCGAGUCAGCACCGUUGUCGCGGCUGGGGCUCCCGCCGGUCGUGCCGCCGCCGCCGCGUCGCCAGCGCCUCCCAGAACGCGCCGUCAAAUCCGCCCCACCUCCGCGCACAGAAGGUGCUCGACGACUUGCCAGCCAUGGACAGCGACGAUGAGAUGGUUGCCCUGC